AUGAAGCGCCUGCUGAGAAACACUGCGCCUGCUGAAAUCACUGCGCCUGUUGGCGUUCAUCGCUACAUAACAAGGAGCACUCAAAAGACCCAACCUGUUGUCAUGGGAGAACCUGUCGAAGAUGACCACUCCAAUCUUACACCUGAUCUGGACGAUGAAGAUUACGAACCUACUCCCAAACCAGUUGCACGUCCAGUUGCACGUCCAGCUACUGUUGCACAUCACGAGUUUGCAUAUUGCGAAGUCUUAAUGACGAGAGAAGAAUUGUACCAUGUUAGAGGAAAUAAUUAUGUUGCUCCACAAAUCCUUCUACGCCAGAUAAAAAUGAUAAUAUUGAGGAUCACAAGCGCCUUCGAAUCACCUGGGCUGAGAGGGAGAGACUUAAUGCUUGGCGUGUCAGACAUGGACGCAAGCCACAUGAAAUCCGCGAAGGUACCAAGAAUGCUACUACCAGAGAGCUUUUGGUAUGCCAGUUCUGUCCACAGUUCGAGAUGA